CUUUGUACAGUAGCCUAUAUAAAGGCAAAGACUUAAUGAAAGUGCCAGAAACGAAUCAGAUAUUUCCUGGAGAAUUUCAGCGAUUAAAUUAAAAAGAUGACGCUUUGUCUUAGGAAGCGCGUGUGUUUAAAUGUAUCGGCACGGGCUUGUUCACCGAGAGGUUGUCACGGUAAAAGGUUGUCAUGGUAAAAAGAGCGAGUGGCAGCUAAUGGGUCGCACGGGCUUGGAGGUUAAAAGGCGGCAGCGUUGACGCGCGCUCUAUACUCAAUGUAUUAGCGCUGCUGUCACAAUGCCUGCGGGCUGUGGAGGCUCAGUCCUUUGCACACCUCACAUCAUAACCGCAUCCGAGGAAAACCAAACGGGUAAAUCCCAAGAGCUGUUUGAAGAAGUAUCGUGUUCGUCAUCGUCGACUCUGUCGCCCAGCUCUUCACCUCAUGCCAUGACAGAGAAAGCCAUCUGCACCAGCUGUGGCACUGAGAUCGUUGACAAAUAUCUACUGAAGGUGAACGACAUGUGCUGGCACGUGAGAUGCCUGUCUUGCAGCGUGUGCCAAACAUCUCUGGGCAGACACAUCAGUUGUUAUAUAAAAGAGAAAGAGAUAUUCUGUAAAUUGGAUUACUUCAGGAAAUACGGGACGCGUUGUGCUCAUUGUGGCAGAAACAUACAUUCAAAUGACUGGGUCCGUAGAGCCAAAGGCAACACCUACCACCUGGCCUGCUUUGCGUGCUUUUCCUGCAAAAGGCAGCUCUCCACAGGAGAAGAGUUUGCCCUGGUUGAUGAAAGAGUCCUGUGUCGCGUGCACUACGACUGCAUGUUGGACAACCUCAAACGAGCCAUGGAGACAGGUAAAGGGGUUAACGUAGAAGGAGCAGUUCCCUCGGAACAGGAAGUAAAUCAGCCCAAACCAGCCAAGAGGGCACGCACAAGUUUCACAGCUGACCAGCUACAGGUUAUGCAGGCCCAGUUUGCUCAGGACAACAAUCCAGAUGCCCAGACUUUACAAAAGUUGGCAGAAAGAACCGGUCUUAGCCGAAGGGUUAUUCAGGUUUGGUUCCAGAACUGUCGAGCUCGUCACAAGAAGCACGUCAGCCCAAAUCACAGUUCCACUGCACCAGUGUCAUCUCUGCCCCCUACCAGACUCUCUCCUCUAAUAGAUGAACUUCAAUACACUGCUUUUGCCCCUGUGGACACCCCUAUGCUGACUGCCCUACACUCCUAUAUGGAUGUCCACUCGCCCACUUCACUGGUGCUGCAGCCUCUUUUGCCCCACUCGAUGACACAGCUGCCCAUUAGCCACGCCUGAGACGCUCACUGCCGCCGUGCAGACCACAGGAUGGGAAAUAUUCACUCUUCUAUUGACUUGAACAAGACCCACGUUGCUUCAUCUUCCGUGGGCACUUACUGAAGGAUAUCUAUCUUGCAAUGAUUUAAAAGAUAAGUUUGAACAAUUGUGAAAAGAGCCUGAAGUUUUUGUUUAAUAUAUAUGAUAUAUCUAUAUAGUGAUGGAAUAAAUGGCAUUUAAUUUAUUUCUUGUAUGUGACUGAGCACUUUGUUUGUUUUAAAAUGAAUUUACCAUGGAAUUCUUUGUUUCUGGUUUAGUCGGUGCACGUUGUUUUGUUGUUUGGUUCUAUAGAGAAACUUGGAAGCUGAAGAAAAGCCAAUAAAAUAACUA